CUGAGAGUGUCUGUGUUAUUAACAGCCUUUUUGUCAGUGCUUGGGAAGGUCUUUCAUGUUAUACCAUUUCAUGACAAGGAAGUGAGGACAAUUGUCAUUAAUAUAGGUCAGUUCCUUAUCAUGGCUGGAGGGCCAGUAUCCAUUGGUGGACCCCCCCUGGUGUCUGCAACCUGGUUUCCUCCUGGGGAACGCACCACAGCCACUGCAAUUGCUACAUUAGCUGGGUAUUUUGGUAUUGCUCAGUCCUUUGCCAUUGGACCUGCCAUGGUACCAAACCAGUUUGUGCCAAGCAAUGCAAGUAAUUCAUCUUCUUCUGAUUGCCCUGAAAGACUGACAAGAUUAGCAGAUUAUCAGUUGACAAAGUAUAUGUAUUUUGAACUUGGGCUAUGUGCGCUUGUUUUUUUCUGCAUCCUUCUCUAUUUUCCAGCAAGACCACCACUUCCUCCAAGUCUCACAUCUUCCACAUCUCAGAGACUUAGCACUAAGACUUCAUUUCGAAACCUCACAAGAAAUCGGUCUUUCUGGCUGUUAGCAACACUAACUGGAUUAACGUUUGGAAUCUACUUUGGAUGGUUGUCGAUGCUGGAUGUAUUCCUUGCAAAGUUUGGUGUGGAUGACAUCACCGCAGGAUGGCUGGGAUGUUCUGCUACCUUGGCAGGGGUGUUUUCUGGGAUUGCACUAGCCAGGUAGUUAAUUAUUUACCAUGCUUCUAAUAUGGUGUUUCAAAUCUCAAUAGGAAUGAGUGUGUAUGAGUGUGGUAUCUUGGAGGCAUUCGUUUGACCCCUAUGGAUGUCUUUUCUUGGUUUUGUUAGUGACGAAGCUAGGGGUGGGGGGCAGGUUGGGGGCCUUGAACCCUUGAAAAUGAAUAUUUAUAGGAUUCACAUCCCCCCUUUACCCCUUGGUACAGAAAUAUUGUUUGCUCAUGAUUAGUUUGGCAAAGCAUUCAGUCUAAUGAUCUUUUUGGGUAUUAUUUCAUCACUGGAUCAUGCUUGCCACACCUCCAUCACCAACACCUCCAUCAACUUCCAAAAAAUAUAAACCUUUUCUUUUAGAAAUUCCAUUUGAAUUGCUCUGAUGUUUUCAUUUUUAUUCAAAUAUCACCAUAAAUUGUUGUGGACAUUUCAUAUCAUCCUGAAGUCCAUGAAUUUUUUUUUCUUGGCUGAAGAAGUUUGCAGUUAGCAACAAAGUUGAUGUGUCCAUGCAGUUUUAAGAUUACAGUUACCUUUUUGUAUGCCAUUCUCUAAUAAACUACUCACCGGCACUUGGUUUUAUCUAUUUUGUAGGUUUGCAGAUUACAUAAGACACAGAACCAAACAAAUACUGGCCGUGCUCUUAAUUUUAUCAACACUUUCCCAGCUGAUUUUCAGUUUGUCCUGUGCAGGAAUCUUGCCAUCCACAAAACCACUUCUAUACAGCUCAAUCAUUUUUGGUGGGUUUGUGUACAAUGGCACAUUGCCAUUGUAUUUUGAGCUUGCCAUGGAGUGCAUUUAUCCUGUUGGAGAAGGCAUUGCUGGAGGAAUUAUAAUUACUGCUGGAAAUGUAGUUUUACUUUUGUUCUAUGUAGCUUUUAUGAUCCCACAGUCUGACGUGCGUUGGAUGAAUUGGGUAACAGUCUCUGGUCUUGGAGUUUGCUUUUUAGGGUUGUUGAGUUAUCGAGAAAGGUACAGUCGUCUUCAGUUAGACAUUCUAGAUAAC